AGUUGUGACUUGAAGAAUUCUUGAGUUCACUUUUCAGAUUUCAGUUUCGGGCUUCUUUUUUUUUAAAUACAGUUUGUUAUCGGCGAAAACUAUAAAAGGCUAAGCGCGACUUGAAAACGCUUCAGUUCGUUUGAUUUUCGUUUGGUCUCGGUCUCGGUUUAUGAUGCAGCAAAUGGCUUUAUGAAUACUAAAGCUGCAGCAUUUUGAAUUUUUCGCGAUUCAAACACACAAAAAAUAUAAAAAAAGGAAAUCAACGGAUAAAAUCGAAAACCAAAAAUGAAAUAUAAAUAUUCGCGUCUUCUUUGCCUCGCAUUUGUGCUAUGCGUUUUGCUGGAGUGCGCUUUGGCCGAGAAUUCUGCGGGCGCUCAUGUGGGCAAGCGGAAAACGCGCACGAAAAAAUUGAAAAAACCACGGAAACCAUUUAUUGAACGACCGCAAGCGGAGGAACCACGUCCUGGUGCCGAUUUGCCGGGCGCCGAUGAGUUCGAUGCAUACGAUUACAACAACUAUGAGGAUGUGGAUGUGGAUGCCGAUGCCAAUGUAGGCGGUCCCGAUGGAUUUGAUACCCACCAGGAAGCCCACGAUCCGGUCGUUGUUGCAAAUGUUGAUGCACCCAGUAAUGUAGUCGGUCCCUUCUCAUGCAUUUACGAAGGCAAUUGGUAUCGUGAGGGUGAUGAGUUUACUAGCGAACGUGAUGGCUGCACACAUCCUUGCUCAUGUACGGAGGGCAAGGUGAUCUGUCGUGAGCCGACACAUUGUGUACCAGUCGAGGAAGUGCCAUCAACACCGCCAACACCAACAACAACGACUACCACCACGACGACUACGACGGAGCGGAAUGUAAAUCCACGGGCGGAAGAGAAUCCAUAUGCUGGUGUUGCAACUGGUCAACGCGGCUUACCUGGUUAUCCCGGUGCGCAAGGUCGUACUGGCGAGAGCGGUAAUCCUGGUUCACCGGGAGUUCCUGGUGUGCCUGGUAAUCCUGGCGCGCCUGGUCCAAUACCAGAUAUGAGCUAUUAUCACCAACAAUUGGCCGCUGAGUAUGCUAAUUCUGAUAAAGGACCCAGUUCGCCACCAUUUGUGCCGGAAUUCCAAUAUUUACAAUCGUCUGUUGGUCCAGUGGGUCCACGUGGUCCACCUGGUAAUUCAGGUCCGUCAGGCCCUCAAGGUUUUCAAGGUAUGCGCGGUGAGCCCGGUGAGCCAGGCGCACAGGGUCCACCAGGUUUGAUGGGACCACGUGGUUUGCCGGGAGCGCCGGGUAAAGAUGGUAUACCUGGUGAGGAUGGUGAGCCUGGCUUACAAGGUGCAGCUGGUACACCGGGUCCACGAGGAUUACCUGGGUUGCCGGGUAUACCUGGUUUAAAAGGACAUCAUGGUUUGCCUGGUAUUGAUGGCUCAAAAGGUGACCAAGGUGCCCCAGGUGAGAAGGGCAGCUCAGGUCCAAUGGGCGCUGUUGGACCUAUAGGAUCACAGGGUCCUGCUGGUCCACGUGGUGAACGUGGUCGUGAAGGUCCACCAGGCCCGCCAGGUGUGAGAGGUUUAGAUGGUAACCCCGGUGCAAUUGGACAGCCUGGUGCCAUUGGAAAACCUGGUCCACCGGGCUUUCCUGGAAGUCCUGGAGCAAAGGGUGAUUGGGGACAUCCCGGUCCAAAAGGUGAUCAAGGUUUGCAAGGUCCACGAGGUGAAGCUGGGCGUCCCGGUGCUGCAGGGGAGCCUGGAAUGUCUGGUCCGCCCGGUAAAGACGGCUUACACGGCGAUAAAGGAUCAAUGGGUGCUCCCGGUAUAGCAGGUCCACAAGGUUUUCCUGGCCCACGAGGUCCUGAUGGUUUAGCCGGCAGCCCCGGCGAGCCUGGUUUAAAGGGAACGCCUGGACAACCAGGGGAACGAGGAUAUAAAGGAGAUCAAGGCAUAAAAGGUGAGUCAGGUCAACCAGGUCCUCGCGGCUUACCAGGAACGGUAGGACCAGAAGGAAAACGUGGUAAACGAGGAAUGCGUGGACCCACGGGUCCAUCAGGACCGACUGGAGAAAGAGGACCACAAGGAUUAUCUGGGUUACCAGGUCCAGAUGGUCCGAUUGGACCUAAGGGUACUCCAGGGGACCGCGGAAUUCAGGGUCCACCCGGUGUAAAAGGAAGUACUGGUGACGUAGGACAACCUGGUGUGCCAGGAGUUCAAGGAUUACGUGGAUUGACUGGCCGCAUUGGUCCCCCUGGAAAAACUGGACCAGUCGGUGAAAGAGGAAUACCUGGUGCGGAUGGAAAACCUGGUGAACAAGGACCACAAGGAUUGCAGGGGAUGCCUGGGCCAAUGGGUAUUCCUGGUGAUAAAGGUUUUACAGGUGAACCGGGUAAAAACGGUGAGCCAGGUCCCCCAGGCCCACAAGGACCUCAUGGAGAUAGUGGAAAAGAUGGUUUACCAGGCGCUCAAGGUCCUCGUGGUCCUCCUGGUCAAGAUGGUGAACGUGGUGAGCCAGGAAGUGCUGGCCCAAGAGGUUUUCAAGGCCUCCCAGGUGUUGCUGGUAAUCCAGGAGUACCUGGAAAAGACGGUUCGGCGGGACCGCCAGGACCACAGGGUCUUGUAGGUCCGGCAGGAGUGCGUGGAGAGCGUGGUUAUCCUGGAGAAAGAGGACCAGUUGGUCAACCCGGAACUCCAGGAGAGCGUGGUGAGCCCGGAGUACCAGGACAUGAAGGACAACCGGGACUCCCUGGAAAACCUGGUGCAAAAGGUCAUAUUGGAGCGCCAGGAAUGUUGGGAUUACCUGGGCCCAGGGGAUUAUCUGGACCAUCAGGGGUUAAAGGCGAACGCGGUAGCCCUGGACCGUUUGGGCCGGAAGGACCUCCUGGUCGUCCUGGCGAUCGUGGACCUCAAGGUAUAGUGGGACCGCCAGGAGCACCUGGUGAAUCAGGAGAAAGAGGUGAGCCUGGAAAUGCAGGACCUCCAGGAGAGCAAGGCGCUGCAGGUGGCCCUGGAGAAAGAGGGCCAGCUGGAUUACAGGGUCCACCUGGUUUUCCUGGGGCACCGGGUAUAGCAGGAUUACCUGGUGCAAAGGGUGACCGUGGUUUAAUGGGCAUAAAAGGUGAACAAGGGAAUGUAGGUCCUCAUGGUCCUCCGGGUGAACAGGGUCCAAUAGGUCCGGUAGGUUUAAGCGGUGCGAAAGGAGCACGUGGUGAACCAGGAUUAAGAGGAGAACCUGGAUUAAGUGGUUUACCAGGAAGACCUGGUGAUCAAGGACCACCGGGACAACCAGGCAGUCAAGGGUUACCUGGUGUGGCAGGAUUUCCAGGAGCGAAAGGAAAUCCAGGUGAAACAGGACGACCAGGAAAUCCUGGUUCUCCAGGCUUACAAGGACAACCAGGUUUGGAGGGACAAAAAGGAGAAACAGGUAACGACGGACCACCUGGACCAACUGGUAACCCAGGUCCUCCUGGAAAUGUUGGCGAGCGCGGAAUGCCGGGUAUAAGUGGACCACCAGGACCUGCAGGUUUGCGUGGCUUAAGAGGAGUUGCUGGUGAAGCAGGCCCUCAAGGAAAACCAGGCAAAGACGGUGCCCCUGGUGCGCAAGGUUUGCAAGGACCUCAAGGUUUGCCAGGACCAAUGGGAGAAUCUGGACCUGAAGGACCACCUGGAAAACCAGGUCCACAAGGCAUUGCUGGUCGUACCGGUGAUAAAGGACCACAAGGGCAACAAGGCAAUCCUGGACCACCAGGUAAUCCUGGUUUGCCCGGACCACCGGGUGCUAUGGGACCAUUAGGCUUACAAGGCGAACCUGGUCUAAAGGGAGACAUGGGCUUGCCUGGUGUUGAAGGACCACAAGGCUUACGCGGAAAACCUGGUCCACCGGGUGUUGAGGGACCAAAGGGAGAACAUGGAGAGCCAGGACCAAAAGGUAUCAAGGGUCAUCGUGGUCUUAUUGGUUUGCAAGGUAUGCCAGGUCAACCAGGCCUCAAAGGUGACGUGGGACCAUCAGGUGUGCCCGGACAACCAGGAAAAGCAGGAGAAAUGGGAAUGCGUGGUCCACAAGGACGUGAUGGCAAUCCAGGACCCGUUGGACCACCUGGUCAACCAGGUCCACGUGGUUAUAAUGGAGGCGAAGGAAAGCCAGGACCUAUUGGUCCGGCCGGUCCACCUGGACCACCAGGUCUACCAGGCGAAUCGGUGGGAUACGAUGUUGCUGCACUCACUGCUUUACUCAGUCAAGGUCAAACGAAAGGUGAAGAUUUUCAAGGUGAUCAACCAAAUCUACUACCAGAAGGGCUUUCCGAGGCAGAGAAAGAAGCCAUGGUCAUCAAAGCAUUCGAACACUUAAAGGCAUCCUUCGAAAGAUUACGUCGACCAAAUGGACAACAGUCUGCGCCGGCUAAAACUUGCCGUGAUCUUUUUGCCGCCUACCCUGAUUACAAAUCAGGCGAAUAUUGGAUCGAUCCGAAUGAAGCGGACCCACGUGAUGCUAUACUGGUCUAUUGUGAUCGUGAAACACGUGGCUCAUGUAUACUGCCCAAACCACAGGAAACACCUAACCUAAGCUAUAAUGGGGCCGAACGCGAAACCUGGUUAAGUGAAAUGCCAGGAGGCAUGAAAAUCACAUACAAAACAGACUCACAUCAAUUGGGCUUCCUGCAAUUGCUAUCGGCUAAGGCUACACAGAAGAUCACUUUCAAUUGUCGCAAUACCAUCGGCUAUUUGGAUGCGGAUGAAACAAGGAAUCGUAACGGCUUGAAAUUGUUAUCGUGGAAUGAUGCUGAGCUCACACCGAAGGGUCCAAUGCGGCUGCGUUAUGUGGCUGAAAGUGACGAGUGCAGGCAUCGCUCGAACGCAUGGGCUAAAACUGUCAUCACCUAUAAAACUGAGAAGCCACAGAGGCUGCCAAUUGUCGAUGUCAAAAUCAGAGAUGUUGGCGAGGCUAAUCAACAGUUCCGCAUCGAAUUGGGACCGGUGUGUUUUUAUACUUAAUAGGAAAAUAACAGAACUCUCUCGCUCUCUUAGACUUAAGUUAUUUUUUAUAUUUACAUAUAUUUGCUUUCACACAAGCAAAAGACUUUCAAAGCAUUUUUACUUAGUUUAAUUAAUUUGCGAAAAAACCUCAAUGAGAAUGCUCGUAGAUUUCUAUUUACAUACAUAAUUCUAUGCUGUUGGUGUAUUUUUAAGAACAAUAUAUGCACUUUUUGAAAUAAACACCGUUUGAUUUUAAUUUUUAUGUUAAAAAAUUAUAUAUGUAUAGUCACCUUUCAGAAAUCAAUCAUUAGAAGCUGGCAGAAAAUUUGAAAUUGAUUUUUUUUUUAUUGUAAAACGCUAAUUCGGCCAAAAGUAACAGUAAUAGUUUGAACCAACAUCAUGGAUGUUUUAGAGGUUGAUACGCUCCUUAAUAAACUGGAUCAUUCGGACAGCACUGGCCCGUCGCCAACGCAUGGCAUUCUGGCCAUUCUGGUGCCGAUGCAAAAGGAAAUGUACAUUGCGCGCUCCACCUUGAAGGUCUUGCGUCGGCAGAAAAUGCUGGAGUUUUUGUUGGAGGAAAUGCAAGCAAUGGAAGAGUAUCUACAGCCGCAAGGGAAGGGCUUAUGGCAGGCGUUGGGUUGCUCGAAUCCAUGCAAGGUGCUGGUGUAAGCCAAUUUGCUAGCGGUGUGUUAGAGCUCGCUGAUAAAUUACAACUAAGUUUUUAAGAAACAAAAAUUUAAAGAAAUAAAAAUUUCUGUGAGAAGCGCUUUCUGGAAGUCUUCGAAACGAA